CGCAUCCAAGAGUUUCGCGCUAAUUUUUGGCAAAUAAAUUGCCUCGAACACAUCUUUCUGCGCUUUUAAAUGGCCACUGCUCAGAAAUACGCGAGCCUACCGGAUAUCGACUCUGCACCCGAUAUCUAUGAGACUCCUGAUACAUUCUCGAGCCCCCGGGAGAAGGAAGAGGGCUCGGAUGAUGAAGCUUUAAACCCUCGGUUAGGUCGGCGGAAUAUCGACGAAACGACAUCGAAGGACGAGCUUGACCGGAGUCGUCUGCCUGAACUCGCAGAAGUAGAUCAGAAAUUUAGAAAGGCAGAAAAACGACGAGGGCGAUUCAGAGAGGUCUAUGCGUAUCCGGAAACAUAUGGAGACGGUGCUUCGCGUUCCCCGUCUCCAUCUUCUUCUAGAAGGCAGACUUCCUCGAUUCAAUCAAGACUCCUAUCUCUUAGGAAAGAACUCGAGUCACUCGAAAGUGACAUCUCAGAACAAUCCCGAGCUUCAAGCGUAACAGAUGAUCAUGAAACUGAAACUCUCAUACGUGGGCUCGUGGAGAUAAGGGAGAGGCUGAAUGGGCUGGGGGAUGGGGUCCGUGAUACUCGGCGUCAACCUCAGAAUUUACUCAAUAAAGCAUUGGAAACUGCAAAGAGUUUACCCUUAUCCGCCGCCAUAAAGCCUGAAACGGCAAAAAUUGAAAAUAGGCUAGAGGCUCCCUUUGGAGACGUAGACGCUCUAAGCCGACUAGACAAGAGACUUGAUGAAUUAGAGUCUCUGAUUGGCUCUUCCAACACGACCCUAGAUGAGUCUUCACCACUUCCCCAACCCCUUCUUCCUCAUAUCGCCCGACUUUCAAACGUACUUACCCUGUUAACUCAACCUCGCCAUAUCGACUCAAUCUCUCGGCGACUGAAAUUACUCCAAACUGACCUGGAGCGCUACUCGAGUAGCAGUGCGAAACGCCAAGCUAAUGGCACACCUGCUGGACAAACGACAGGGCCUUCCACUACUCCUCAACCUGGGAGUGGCGCAGCUGCAAAUGCUCCCAAUGACAUCGCUGUCAUUCUCAGUCGUCUUUCCCCCGCACUGCCGACUAUCCCGCACUUACUCACACGCCUCCGCACCCUUUCUACACUGCAUGCAUCUGCCUCCGGUUUUGCAAGCUCGUUGACAUCCUUGGAGGAAGAGCAAAAACAGGCACAAGCCAUUUUGGGUGAUUUGGAAGCGGCUGUCAACAGCCUUGAACAGAGUUUCCUAGUCAACGCGGAGCGCGUUGAAGGAAAUUUGAAGGGACUGUCAGAACGACUUGAGGCGGUACAGACUCGGCUGAAAACUGACGAUUAGCAUAUCCUUUGCCUAUCACUGCAUAUACCAUAUCCCAUGCAAUUUAACGUGUGCUGCGAUUUUUCCAGACUGCAGGCGCUUUAGCACCC